GCGAAGAAUCAGAUCAACGCCUGGUCUCGCGACUCUCGCCAAAGAUGGGGCACUAGUCGAAAAAGAUGGGGACAAAGCGGAGAUGCUGGCAUCACAUUAUGCCUCCGUGUACACCCCAGACUCCAGCACACUGGUACAUCUACUGGACACUGACACUGCGCUGAACUGGACCCCAUUUACAAUCGAAGAAGUGAUCCUGGAGCUGCGUCGACUAAAGGUUCAACAGUCACCUGAACCUGAUGGUAUACACCAGCUUAUUCUGAGGGAGCUGGCAGAUGAACUUGCAUUGCCACUGUCCAACCUGUUCAAUUUGUCAUUCACUCAAGGGCGUUUACCGCGGCAGUGGAUGGACGCUGUCAUUGUUCCACUGCCCAAAGUUGGGGAUAGGAGUGACCCUGGGAACUACCGACCAGUCAGCCUUAUUAGCGUUGUGGGUAAAGCAAUGAAGCGACUGGUGGCUGCAAGGCUUCGGCAGCAUUUGGUGUGCCACGGUCACCUGUGCCACCACCAACACGGUUUCCGGCCGGAUCGCUCAUGCCUCUCAAACUUGAUACUUGUGCAGGAAUGCUUGACCGAGGACAAGGCCAAAGGACACGAAACGGACAUCAUCUUCGUCGACUUCAGCUCGGUUCUUGGUCUACUGAUGUUUUUGGUAUAUGUGAACGAACUGCACGGUCAAUUGUGUAGCCCAUCCCUCAUGUACGCGGAUGACAUCAAAAUCUGGCGUACAAUCAAGGAUCCGAAUGAUCGAAGUUCUCUUCAAGCGGAUUUGAAUAACGUGGCUCAGUGGGCGGAUACCUGGGCUCUUCAGGUCAACACAGCAAAGUGUGCUCACUUGCACUUGGGACGUACUGACUCAGAGGUAGUCUACAACUUCCAGGGAACCAUACUGCGCACAACAUCAUGCGAACGAGACCUGGGUGUUAUGGUUACGUCAUUGCCAAAGACCCGAGAAAAUACCAAUCGGGUCUAUGCUAGCGCAUGGAGCAUUCUGGGGCCUAUUCGGCGGUCUUUCAACCAUCUCACGAUGGACACUUUCAGGCUGCUGUACGCUUCCCAUGUCAGACCAAGACUUGAGUAUGGUGGUGCAGCGACAUACCCCUACACACCCGGUGAACUGAAUCAGUUAGAGCGUGUACAACAUGCUGCCAGUAGACUCGUUGUUGGACAACGCGGGAUCAGCUAUGAAGGUCUUCUACAGGCCACUGGUCUGUUCCGAAUUGCGUAUCUACGCCUCAGGGAGAUU